AUGGUGUCAGAUUUCAAGCGAGACCUCGUGCUUGAAGAGCCAAAGUACCGCGAGUUCCUAUCCCUCAGCGACGACGAAAUCGUUGGCGAAAGGAAGUCACUUAUCCCAGCACCCCUGACCCCCGCGCGGCCACCACCUCGGCACCUUCCUCCAUCUCCACCCGUCCCGCCUCCUAGCGCCCGCAUCCCGGUCCCCGCUCCCCUGUCUCCGAGUCGAGCUGGCAUCAUGCCUUCAUCUCCCCUCACCGGUGUCCCAGCCGCUCUCGCUGCGCUGGAAGCUGCUCGGAUCGCCAAGAAGUACGAUUUCGACCUUCUUUAUAUCGUCAACUUGUGGCCAAACCGCGUCGCGCAUGUGCAUAACCGUUGCAUCAGCGCUGCCUCAUCUUCACCUUCAUCACCACCUACUUCGCCGACCUCCAGUAUCUCACCUGCGCCUUGGCUAUCAGAUUCAAGCUCACUUGCGACACCUCGCGGCUCCGUUCAUGCUCCUUCCGAUCACGGUAUCUGCCUUGACGGCACAAUAGCUUGUACUGGCAAGAACUCGGGCAUGACUAGCCGCCUCCUCACUGGCUACGGACUAGCUCAGCUCCAGCACCCAUUCCGCCUGUCAGCUACGAUUCACAAGAAGUUUCUUCGCGCUGACGGAUGGGUUGAGUUUCGCCAAGACGAUGCUAAGCCCGAGGAGUUCGCUCGCGGAUACGCCUGCUCGUUCUACACUGGACACAGCUCCGAUGCCCGUUGCCCAGGCUCUGCGACGGAGCAGCACAGCAUGCAGCACACGCAUGCCAACAGUACCCAGAGCGCUGGAAAGACCGGUCAGAAGAAGCGCCGCAACAACAACCGCGGCAUUGUCUUUGCGGCCUACAGAAAGGCUCGUAACGAUGGCGGCAGCAUUUGCAGUGGCGCCGCAGAGCUCACUGCGCUCCAUCGAGACGCAGAGACUCUUGUCGAGCUCUUGCUCGACUUCCAUCACGUACAGCGCCCACAGCGCGAUUUUGAGAUGGUCCGCCGCGCCUCAGAAGGCUCGGUGCCAGCUCAAGCAGGCCUGUAA